AUGGACCUCGACAGGCCAGAAAUAUGUACCUAUUUCACCCCUGAUCGCUCGCUCUUGCCAGAGUAUCCCCUCAAUACCAGAAUACACCUCGAAUUCCCUGUUUACGGCCAGAAAGGGACGUUUUACAUUCGCAUCGGCGGUCGUCAGAUGUCUUCCGCACCGUCCCCAGAAGCUUCCGAGGGAGCUCCGGACGAUGCUGCCCCUCCACCACCAGCGCCGCCCACCGCAGCCCUUACAAGCACCAACCCGGAGCUCGACGUCGCGAAGCUCAAGGCUUUGCCGGCCGAACAGCAAGACCUGUUCUUGCUGAACUUUGUGUCGACUCUCAGCAAGCAUGUCCUGUCUCUUGCGCCCGACGACUGCACGGCGCAGCAGUUCUACCUGAAGAAGGAGAUCUUCCAGAUCAUCAACCUCCCCGCGCCCGCGCCUUCUCGAGUCGUGCGAAACAACCUGGGGAAGUGCCUGGGACACAUAUUUGGCAAGGGCGACAGAAAACUGCUGUUCGAGACGAUCAACGAGCUGAAUGCCAUCGUGUCGGCGGGCAAGUCAAAGUCCGACGCCGACAUCAAGGCGAAGCAUGCGGCGGUCGCGUGCUUGGGCGACGUGUUCGCCGCGGCCGGAGACAGCGCGAUAGGCCUUCACCAGCUGACGUGCAGCACCUUGAUCAAGACACUGAAAGCGUCACAGAACAAUGCGGGUCUGCGUGCGGCCAUAUUCACAUCCCUGGGCAAGCUCGUCAAGAUGAUCGAAAGCAGCCUGGACGAUAGCCUUGCGCGCGAUAUCUGGAAACAGGCGAGAAAUCAUGCGUCGAGCGAUAAAGGAUCGUUAGUAGUGGUCUCGGCCUGUCGGUGCCUGAAGAAUAUGGUCCGAUAUACGCCGUACUUCGACAACUCUAGCGACUUCGAGAGCCUGCAAAAGACGAUUUUCAAAACGAUGGACUACGCCUCAUCUCAAGCUCGACAGGCAGCGGCAGAGUGUCUCGCAGAGGCAAUGGUCAAGGGAUACUCAGAGUCUGCUGUCGGCGAAUCUCUAUCGAAGCUCAAGAGAACAAAGACCAAGAGCCUGAAGCGCGCAUCUACAGCGCCAGGUGUCAUGCAGGACGAAGACGACAUACCCUCGCGAUCGGAGAGCCCUGCCCCCACCAAAAAGUCGCAGGAUCUCUCUCUUUCUGUGACCGAUAUUCUGAGGACCCUAUCUACACAAUAUGUUCGCAUGUCGACCACCAACAGAACUCGCGCUGCUCUCGGCAUGUGCUACACCAAAGUACUUCAACGUCUUGGGGAGAGGAUAGUCGAAACCCACUACCUCGCCAUUGUGGACAAUCUCAGUAUCGAUAUCCUGGGACAUGCCAAUAUCGUGAAUAACAGAUAUAGGUCGCUGAUCUCCCGGCGCAUUGUCGACAUCAUCUUACAAGAUGUCGUUGGCCAAAAGCUGCUCGGCGAAACAGCUCAGUCCAAUUGCGCGAAGUCGAUAGUGAACGGCAUACUCAAAAACUACCCCCAGGUUUUGAAGGAAAGGCCUGAGCCAACCAAGCACACGUUGAUCGUAUCCUUAGGGGCGCUGUCAUCCUUGAUCAAAAGCCUCGGAUCUGCGACGAAUAACUUCGCCGAGGCCUGUCGGGAUGGGCUUCUUCAAGUGCUGCAGCAUCCAAGCUACACAGUCCAGGUCUUUGCUUCGGCUUGCAUGAAAGCAUUUGUUCUUGCAUGUCCUCAGCAGCUCCUGCCUUGCCUCUCUGUUUGCAUGAAUAGCUUGAACAGAGAGUUGGGUCUUGUCGCCGGUGGCCGGAACAACCCGCGCAAAUGCAUAGGCUUUGCCCAUGGUCUAGCGGCGACCCUGAGUGCUAGCCCUCUCCGGCCGUUGCAUGGCUCGGUGGACAUCAACAGCCGUGUGCUAUCGAUGGCGACCAACCUAUUGAAGUCCAGCGGCAAGCAGGAGUUGCGAGUCGCCAGCACACAUAUACAAGUAGCAUGGACUUUGAUCGGGGGACUCAUGUCUCUCGGUCCGAAUUUUGUCAAGAUUCACCUUUCGCAGCUGCUAUUGCUGUGGAAGAAUGCGCUCCCGAAGCCCUUGGCGAAGGACAACACCAGCAGCCGAAACUAUCUUGAGGCGUCUUUCCUCACACAUGUGAGAGAAUGUGCCUUGGGUUCAAUCCUCGCGUUUCUCCAAUUCAAUCAUCGUCUGCUCACCGUCGAUGUGUCUAAGCGCAUAGCAACGAUGCUUCAACACACGUCAGCAUACCUCAAGACAUUGCCAGCCAAGAAGACGACCGAGGACAUCACCCAGAGAUUGACGCCGGCCCUGCAGCUCCAAGAUCUAGAUCUUAUGGUCCAGAGGCGAGUGCUGCAGUGUUACAUCAAACUGAUCAACUUGAGCCCGGCCGGUGGAAGUGAGGCACUUCUUCAGUCGAAUCUCCUCACCCUUGCACUGUCGCUGUUUGCUGAUCCGGAUAACUACACGCCCAGCUCUCUCAGCGCAUCCAUCGCAAAUGCUGCAGGGACCUUUGAAACGAUAUGGGAUGUCGCAGAUAAUUCCGGGUUCGGAGUCACUGGGCUUGUGUCGGGCUUCAAUGUGAAGGACCUUCCAGGGCAGCAUGAAAACUCAGCUGAGCCCUCCCCCUUGGAGGAGAGCGGACCGGAGAGCUCCAUUGAAAGCCUCUUGAGGUCGCCCAUUUGUGGCACACUCGAACACGAUGCCUCGUUGCUUUACAUUGCUGGGUCCGAUGCGCCUAAUGAGUUGCCAGAUCCACCAGCCACAGAAGUGGUCAACAUGGCAAUUCAAUUGUUUGCUUUCGUCUUCCCCCUGACCCCCGCCAAGGUUCAAGAGAGUAUACUUGAACAGACAGCAACCUUUAUCUCGGCAGGUUCACUGCAACGUGACCCUGGCCGUAAGGCCGCAAUCAAUGUCAAUGUCUCCGUCGCGUUGCUGUCGGCCCUGAGAGUAGCUGUCAAGGAAACUCAAGCCUCAUCCGGAGAUAUCACCAACAUGGCCGUCGAGAAGCUUCUUCAAGAGCUGGUCCGAGGGUUUGUCAUCGACCCAGACCAAUACAUUCGAAGCAUUGGCUACGCAACUCUCGGACGGCUCUGUAACGCGUGCGGCAAUUCGUUCACGAACCACGAAGUCAAGUAUCUCGUCGACACCAUCGUCGGCAACCGAGAACCCAGUGCUCGAGCUGGCUGUGCCAUGGCCCUGGGCUGCAUCCAAACAAAGGUGGGCGGCCUCGCUGCCGGCUACCAUUUGAAGACGAUUCUUGGUAUCAUCAUGUCACUAUGCAAUGAUCCGCAUCCGACUGUCCACUUCUGGGCCCUGGAGGCUUUUGCCCUUGCGUCUGAUGCUGCGGGCCUUGGGUUUUCGAACUAUGUGUCUAGCACCCUUGCGAUGUUGGCACAGCUCUAUGUCUCCGAUAACCAUCACGCUGAAGUGAGCUCGGCCAUUUCUAUGAGCCUUGAAAUGGAUCUAUCCACGACCGCUGCCAUAGCGCGCUGCAUCGACUCCAUCAUCAAUGUCCUCGGACCUGACUUGCAGGAUUCUACGAAGUCGAGGGAAUUGAUCCUCACGCUCGUGAAUGAAUUCCAGCAAGAAGAGGACAUUCGAGUUCAACAAGCCAGCUUGAGCUGCCUGGAACACCUCUCACUAUACGCACCUGGGUAUAUGCAGUUUGAAGAUUAUGUCAGACUCCUCCAGAAGUACCUUAACUCGGAGUACCUGGAACUUCGAGACGUUGCGGUGGAUGGCCUGUACAACCUGAUGAAACGCAAUCCGUACGACGUUAUCGCGGCAGCUGAGAAGGGCUUCGAGGAGCAGCUCUGGCUCGUCCUCGAUAGCGCACCCAGCCACGAUGGUAUUCGUAACAUUAUCCGAAACUGGAUGCGUCAAACUUGCCUCGCUGACACUGGCCCAUGGCUGCAGCGCUUCCAAGGAGUACUGAAGAUGACGCGUCCAAAAGCCGUCGAACUGACAAAGGCGUCGGCCCAAAAGUCAGGACCGGCGAUAGAUCUCCAAGACGAGGAAGUUGCUGGGUUUGCCGCGGCGGCCGGUGCAUCGAAAGACAAGGACACGCCAAGUGGCUCGGAUGUCGAGCCGCUAAGGUGGCAGGUCGUUACCUUUGCCAUGAGUUGCCUCAAUGACAUCUUCGGUCUGAUUGCUAAGGACGUUGCGACCAACGGAGAGUCACCGGCUCAGACAGCGCUUCAAAGCCGGAUUGCCGACGUCGUCCGGAUGGCAUUCUCCGCAUCUACCUCUGGCGUAUUGGAGCAACGCAUUCGGGGACUGAAGAUCAUUGGAGACGUCUUGAAAAUGUUUGGAAAGACACCCGAUCCCGACUUUGAUGAAGCAAUGCUGCUUGAGCAGUAUCAGGCACAGAUCAGCUCCGCCCUCACGCCGGCUUUUGCUGCAGACUCGUCGCCCGAGCUGGCUUCGGAGGCUGUCAAUGUCUGUGCUGCCUUUAUCUCUACCGGUAUUGUUACCGAUGUAGACAGGAUGGGCAGAAUCCUCAAGACCUUGGUUAGCGCUCUCGAGAACUUCUCCACCGAGAAUGAGCAUGCCGGCAUUGGCGAUCUCAAGGGACUGAGUUCAAAUGCCCAAGUCAUGGUCAAAAUGUCGGUCUUUGCUGCUUGGGCUGAGCUGCAGGUUGCCAGCUCCGAGCAGCAGUACCUCUUUGAUGUGCUCAAGCCUCACAUAGGUACGCUUACGCCCCUCUGGCUCGAAUCGCUUCGAGAAUUCGCCCGGUUGCGGUUCGAGCCUGAUAUCUCCAUGACCCUUGGCCCCCCAUCCUUGUCUGGAAGCUUGGAUACGAUUUACGCAGCUCUGAAUCGUGAGACGCUUCUCAAAUUUUAUCAGGAAUCAUGGCUCAAGCUUGUCGAUGCCAUUGCCAGCCUGAUUGAGCAGGACAGCGAGUUUGUCUUUGAUGCUCUGGAUGGGAAGGAGACUGAUGGUCCCAACACCAAUGGCCACUCCAAAGGCGCUGAUAUCAAUUACCGAGAUGAGCCAGUAGCUUUCUUCUUUGUACUGUUUGGUAUCGCAUUUGAGGCCCUGGCAGCCAAGCCUGGUCACGGCGAUUCCCUGGCGAGCCGCGAGCAGACUCUGGAAAUCCUGCGGGCCCUUAAGAAGAUCCUCCACCCUAGUGUUUCGGGACAUGCUAUCUAUCGCGAGGCGAUCUUUUCAGAGACUAUGGAUCUCCUGGAUCGCCUGUCGCUCACAGAGGCCCUCGAUGUACAGGGUGUCAUUGUCGAGAUCGCGCGGGCCUUGUGUGUGGCACACCCUGCCGCAAGGAAGCAGGAAGAGCCAGAUACCGGAGAGCUGUCUGAGGACAUCGAGCAGCUCUUUGAGCUCACUCGCAUCAUUGUUUUGGUCCUGUCUGGCCUCCUCCCUAAUCUGGCUGAAGCAAACCAGCCGGUCCGACACCAGAUGACAGAGGAAGCGAUCCUUCUCAUCCGCACAUCCCUGAACGCACUUGUCGACGCGGCCGAGGUCUUCCCGACUGUGAUCAAGACCGACCUCCAUGCCUGCUGCAUUCACAUCUUCGCCACGAUCCUGGCUACGCCUAUAUGCCAGGACCUCGUCGUGCCCCAGUCGCUGCCCAUUCUGAAGCGGUUCAUCGCCACCAUGUACAAGUCGAGAACAGUGGAGAGCGAUGGUGGAAGCCAGACCGAUGUCCAGCUGCAGGGCUGCUUGCGCCGGUUCCUCUCGAUCUACCUGAAUGCUCAGAAGCGGGAGGCCCCUACCUCGCUCCCCUGUGUCAAGAACUGUCUUCUGGCUAUCACGAUUCUGUUCACCGGCGGCCGGAACCAGCUGCCGGCUAGUGAUCCCCUUGUGGUCAGGUUCCUCGACGAGCUAGUUGACUGCCUUACGGAUCGAAUGACAGCCCGCAUCGCCGCAAACUGUGUCCGCUCCCUCGUCCUACAGCCGAGGCACACCCCGGCCGACCAGACCAUCGUCCGCCACCUACUGCCCCGCCUUGUGGCCUUUGUCACCAACACGGAGCCCGAGGACCCGGAGCGGGCGCGGCCCCACGUCGCGCAGACGCUCAGCUCGUACGUCGCCGCCGUGCCGAGGGACCACGCGCCCAUCGCCAUGGCGCUCGUCGUGCCGACGCUGCUGUCGCGCGCCGCGAGCGAGGACGGGGGAGAGAGGGACGCCGUGUACCGCGAGACGAGCGCGCGGCUGCUGGAGCUCGCGUCGGUGGACCAGGCGGCCUUCCGGGGCGUGGUGGCGGGCAUGAGCGAGGGGCAGAAGGCGUUUAUGGAGGAGGUCAUCAGGGCCGGGAGGCAGAGCGCCGCUGGUGCCGGGGCGGGAGAGAAGGGUGCCGGUGCGGCGAAUGGGGGCGGGCAGCCGAGCAUUGCGUUGAAGAUGGACUUUGGGGGAGGGCAGUAG